AUGCCUUCUCAAAAGCCAUUCGGUCUUGCUGUUAUCGGCACGAACUGGAUCACAAACUCAUUCAUCCAAUCGUGUCACGAGAGCAGACUCUUUGAACUCAAGGCAGUCUACUCAAGAAAACUUGAUACUGCAAGAACAUUCAUCAAAGAAACCCCUUCUAUCAAAGAUGCUUCGUCCGUCACAGCAUAUGACAACCUCGACUCUAUGCUUUCCGAUGACCCGAAUACCGAUGUAGUGUACAUCGCUUCCCCUAACUCGUUGCAUUACGAACAAGGCAUCAAGGCUUUGAAUGCUGGAAAACAUGUCAUCAUGGAAAAGCCCUUUGCAACAGAUAUGAAGCAGCUCGAAUAUCUCUACAAACUUGCUGAUUCUAAGAAUCUGUUUAUUCUCGAAGCCUACCGUCAUAUCCAGGAGCCAAAUUUCAAAACACUGCAGAGGCUGUUCGACGAUGAGAACACCAGGGAAGAGAAAUUUGGGAAGGUCUAUGGCGCAAGUCUUUCUAUGGCAGUUCACUCUCCCCUCUUCGACAAUAUCCCGCUUCUCCUCCAGGCCAAGGGCGCCGUCGCCAACCCCAAUGUCCCCAAUGUGGCCUCACUUAAGUUCGGUGGGGGCUGUCUCAUGGAUAUGGGCGUCUACCCUGUUACUUUCGCCAUCCGCCUCUUCGGUGUCCCUUCAACGCAUACCUAUUUCCCUGUCAAGCUCGAAACAGGUGUAGAUGGUGGCGGCUUGAUCGUCUUCGAGUACACACCAGAGACUUCCAAGCAUAAACAGACAUUCACGUUGCAAGCUCAAACAAGCAAGCUCUACAGCUCGUUUGCGCCAACUGAGAUUUAUUGUGAGAAGGGAACUAUUAGAAUUGAGGGAGGCCAAGCUUCCAAUGUGACGGAUAUCUGCACCAUGGAAUUCAUUCCGAAGGGUUCGACAAAGGGUGAGGAGCUGGGCGAAACCAAACCUGAGUACACGAAUAUGUUGAACUUGACUUGGGAGGCUAAGGAGCUUGGACGGAUCAUUAAAGAGAAGGACAGGGAAGCUGAAGCGGAUUUGAGAGCGCUUAGCAAGGGUGUUGUUACUGUCGUGGAAGAUAUGAGGAAGCGAAACGGCAUUCUAUACGAUUUUGAGCGAAGAACGCCAAAUGUUCUGCUUCAAGAGAGAAUCAAGAAGGUGGAAGCGCUGUUAGAGCAGUAUACGCUUCAGGGCUCGCCCGGUCAAAGUUCUGGCGCGGCGCAAGAUGGAACUGAGUUUUCACCCUCGGCGUCGCCUGCGCCAUCGAAUGGGACGUCGAACCAGACAACACCGGGUGCUGGAAGGCUUGUCGUUAAGAAUGGUGGCUACAAGUUCUUGGACAGCUGCGUUUGGGGGACUAUCCAUGACAACCUUGAGGAAAUGCGCAACAUCCUUGAUCAAGAAACAUCCGACGAAGAAACAUGCCCUUCACAAGCUUCCCCCGUUCCUCUCGAAGACGUCGACCUGCUCUUGGCAAAGACUGCAUCCUCAAACAUCGGAGACAACUUACCACUACCAUUCCAGAUCCUUCGACUCUGGCAAGUUUUUCUCAACAGAGUCAAUCCUCUGACCAAGAUGGUUCAUGGACCUAGCACAGAGAGUCUUAUUAUCAGCGCGAUGACAGAUCCGAUGCAUAUGCCACACAAGUCCAGAGCCUUGUUGUUCUCCAUUUGUCUCAUUUCUGUCGUUAGUCUUUCUAAAGAUGAAGCUAAGUCGAUGCUUGAUCUUCAAAAGAACGAGGCGAUCCAGAAGUUUACGAACGGCUUGAAGGUUGCUCUCAACAAAGUCAACUAUCUCAGAAACUAUGACAUGGCUACUCUGCAAGCACUGGUCUUCUAUCUGCUUUCCUUGCAAGGCCGCAGUAAUCACGAUGCGGUAUGGGUUCUAAGCGGUGCAGUCAUCCGAAUCGCGCACAAGAUGGGCCUCCACCGAGACGGAGAGAUACUUGGCCUCCCUCCCUACGAGACCGAAAUGCGACGCCGCCUGUGGUGGCAGAUCGUAGCAUUGGACUCGUUGUACGCGACGACGUCAGGAAUCAAGCCCACAUCGUUACUAUCGGGAGCUGACACGAAAAUGCCACAAAAUGUCAACGACACCGAUUUCUCUACCGAAUCCACCAUGAUUCAACCGCGGGAAAGUGGUACCGAGAUGGCCUUUGUUAUGAUCAUUUACCAACUCAUCAAGUUCAUCACGGAACAUCAGGCAUCGGACUUUGAACAUUUGCUUCUAGGGGGAGUAGGUGCUGAACCUGGAACACCGGAGUAUCAGACAUACCAAGAAGCACUACAUGAGUUCAAAGGUCUUGUUGAUGAAUUUGAUGCUACGCUAGCCGAAGCUGAGAGAAAGUACUGCGAUCAGUCAGGAGGACCACUCCAUGCGCUCGCUCUGUUUCUUCGACCGAAUAUCCUUAAAGAGGGGCGGGCAAUGGGUACAUCGAUGGAAGAAACACCAGAGUGGGGUGCAGAGGUUAAGACUCCCAAAGACAACUUCUUUCGUAUUUGGUUAACACACCACGAAGGAGCUCUCGGGGUUUACAAGAUGGCGAACCAGGGAGGCUUUACUUGGGCUUUUAAGUCACAUUUCCAUCUGGACGCGCUCGUAUUCCUUGCGGGUCAACUUGCUGAGCGUUCGCCACUUGGUUCGUUCGCUGAGCGUACGUGGCGCGUGUUUGAUGGCUUCUAUCACUAUCAUGAGGAGCUGUGGAGCCUAACGCAGAAGACUCAUGUGCAGCUAGCUCGCCUGUUGCUGAAAGCGUGGGAAGCCCGUGAGGCGACGACUGAAGCUUCGGUGGACGUUCCGGUUUUUGUUCCUAAGCUGAAGAUGGCUCUGUUACAAGCUGGGCUAUGCUGGCCGAGACAGAACGCCACACUGCCCCAGCCUGUGGAAGAAGGAAUCUUGAUGCAUGAUUUGCAGUUCGGAGAGGUUUUAUCUGAUAUGCCGGCGAUGCCUUUGGACUGGUCAGUGGCAGAUGAUCAGCAGCUGGUGGACGCGCAGAAUCCAGCUUUGCCUAUUUUUGCGUUUUUCAACGGUACAACUGCUUGGUGA